AUGAUGGCACCCGGUGUUCACACUCCUCUCGAGACCUUACUGCUCUUCCAGACACUACAUCCAUUCACUGCCAAUCCGCCCUCCUUCGGCAAGAUCUCCGACACCCUGAAGAACAACGAGCUUCUUCGAGAAAGCGAUUCCUUCGAGCUCAACCGUCUUGAGCCGGACGCCUUGAAAGAUCUAUACCUUCGCCUGCUGAAAGAGGAGGCAAAAAGCGAAGCUAAAGGGCGUGAUCAGGUCUUUCAGAAGAAUGAGCAACCCAAUCCGCGGAAGCGGAAGCUGUCAAGUCCGCCCUUGGAGACUGUCGACGAGGCUCUGCAGUACAACCACCUGCUGCCUCAAAUAGUCAACCGUUUGUACUUCAGGUACCGAGAUCAUGCUAUCAAGUCAAUUGAGGAUGAAGAGCGGAAGUACAGGUCGCUUCAAAAGGAAGUUCAAGAGAUAGAGCGAGGGGACUCGGAUGGACGAACUCAGGAUCAAGAUCUUAAUUCAAGACGGGACUCGAGAGGGGUAUCGUCCAUACAGACACUGCUACGACACGAUGAUGAAGUGGACAAGUCACAACGAGGAACUACAUCAAGACCGACAUCUGCACAUGAGCUACGGAACGGCCUGGUCGCGGAGGCCCAGACAGGCGCAUCAGAGCAUCCGUAUGAAGCACCUCCGCAUGGCCUCAAUGGCAUUCCACAUCCUCCGCAGGUAGCUCCAUCAGGAGGUGGUCAGCAGAUGCCAAAUGACUACAAGAACCCACCACCGUUUCUGCCGCCUCCACAGAGCUUCAACCUUGGGAACCUAUCAGGCUCACCAAAUUCGGACAUGAACCGCAGACUGCCCCCUCAGAAUCAACCACCAAAUGGCGUCGCACCUUCACCAAGUCCACGCUUAAAUCAAACCCCAUUUCCCGGACCAGAGCGCUCCUCAGCCUCGCCCCUCAUAGGCGGUAGAGUUCUACCGCCACCACCGGGAAUGCUCCGCUCUUCUGGAUCACCCACUGGACCUCUGGAUGCUCUCGCAGAUAUGGCUGGUCAACAGUACCGAGCAAAUCCUCCUAUGCCAUCCCCUCGGCCUCUUCAGCACCCAGGUCCACAACAGCACCCUAACCAGCUUCCCGCGCCGAGGGGUUACAUGCCAACUGACUAUCCGUACUAUCAGAACCAGGCACCCUAUCAUCCGCCAUACCCACCCUACGGGCAAGGGCCCCUGCCUGCAUAUAAUCUUCCACACGGAGGUUUACCUUACCAAGGUCACGCUGCGAGCGCUGUGCACGGGUCACCUUACGGCAACACGCAACCUUACCAACCUCCAGUGGGACAGUACCCACAGCAUCCUAAUUACAAUCAAAGUCCUGGAUACUACCAACCAACACCAAUUCAGACACCUCACCCUCGUAAUCAUGUAUCUCGUUUCGCUGAUCAGCAUACGCCAUUGUCAAAUGCAUCCGGUAGGCAGCGGCCGCCCAGACCGACGCCUAUUGUUACCUCUACAUCUUCCACAAAAUGGAAAGAUGUCGAUACCCCUGGUUCCGUGCGACCUGUCGGAUCACCUGUUGCACCUUCUUCCAGAGAGAUAAGUCCAAUCAGUGACAAAGAGCCAUCGCCUUCACCGGAUACUGCGCAGACUCGAACGCGGGGCGCUCAAAACCAGAAGGAGCUGCAAGCUGCAACCGACUCGCCUAGCGAGCGGGUACGAGCCAAACUCACUCGGGGUGCAGGAAGAAGAGGUCGUGGAGGCCGAGCAGGCAGUGUAGCAUCCUCGACAGUUGCAGACUCUACUCGAGCUCGUACUCGAAGUCAGUCCAUUGUCUCUCAAGCCGACGAACUUGGAAUGGACAGUCAGCCCACGUCAACCCGCAAAAUCAAACCCGAACCAUCUGUCGCUUCAGGCCAUGAUGAUGACGCCUCCGUAGCCUCUCAAACCGCCGACGAAGCUCGUAAAUCCACAAGACAGCGCCGCGGUACCAUUCGUGGUCUCGAAAAGGUGAACGAAACCGGCAAGCCGAGCUCGAAGCGAAAACGUGAAGAGGCAGCCAUUUUACCACCUCAUUCCCCUACACCUGACUCAUUCUCGAAACCGGGCCAAGUCCUCGCCAGCCGCAACUUCGCCCGUAUCUCGCAGACUGUCAUGAACGAUGUCAUUCACCACAAAGUCGCUAAUGUCUUCGCCAAACCCCUUACUGAGCGUGAGGCGCCAGGCUACAAAGACCUCAUUUACCGACCUCAAGAUUUAAAUUCCAUCAAAAAGGCUAUAAGCAACGGCAGCAAAGCAGCCAACGCCGCCAUUGAGGAUCUUGCUCAAGAAGGUUCGUCUAGCGUCUGGAUACCUGAGUCCCCGGAUGUGAUGCCACCAAAAGGCAUCGUCAACUCCGCGCAGCUGGAGAAGGAAUUGAUGCGUAUGUUUGCAAAUGCAAUCAUGUUUAAUCCUGAUCUACCAACCAAACGCGGCUUUGGUCCUGCUUUCCGGACUAGACAGCGUACGUCGGAACUCGGUGCUACGUUUGAUGAAGACCGAGAGGAAACAGAAGAAGUUAUAAAGGGAAAGCAAGACGUGAGUGUUGUGAAGGAUACGAGGGAAAUGUUUGAGACGGUUGAGAGGAGUGUGAGUGCUUGGAGGAGUGCAGAGAGGGCGGCUGAAGACGAUGGGAAGGGAACCGUUGGAAAGCUACGGGGCGGCGGAGAUGAGGCUGGAGAUGAGGAGGCGGAUGAGCUGGCAGGGGAGGAGGUAGUGGGUAGUGUAGAGGUUGAUGAGGGGGAGAAGAGGACGAAGAGGAGAAGGAGAUGA